UACAGUGGGGUCUGAAGAAACAAGACACCAUGCUUGAAAUACUGGCAAUUUAAAGCAGUUUCAUAUUCCGCCUCAGACCACUUCCCUGAAUGUAAAACCCGCAGAAGAAGAUUAAAUAGAUUCUCAGUGAGUGACUUUACUGAAGUACCAGUUACCAUGUCAGACAAAGUGGUCUACUCUGCUGUGAAGUUUAAGAACUCAUAUUAUACAGAUCCUGAAACCCAGUGUGACGUCAUCUACUCUGAAGUAAAAAUAUGUGAGCCACUCAGUACCCAGAAAACCAGCAGUGAGAAGAAAAAUGCCGUAUCCACAGAGAAGACUGGAACAAGUGCCCUUCACCACCGAGCGGCUCUUAUGAGUUUGGCACUGCUUUGCGCCGUCUUACUGACUGUCAUCAUAGUUCUGGGUGCUUCCCUAAAUAGCAUCAGUGAGGAUUUUUAUGCAAUGGAGGAAGAUCUGGCCAAGUUCAAAGCAAACUACAGCUUUCUGGUUAAUGAGACAGGCCAGCUACAAGAAGUUUUCAGAAGUCUGAAUAAAGACAAAAGACAGCAACAGGAAGACUUCAACAAUCUGUUUACGGAGAAUGUUGAGCUACAGGAGAGAUUUAGAAUCCUGAUCAAGAACCAGGAGGAGCUGCAGAAAAGCUACGACAAGCUUGAUGAAGAGAAAAAGGAGUUACAAAACAAUUUCAAUAUUUUGACUAAUGACAAGAGCCAGUUACAGGAAAACUAUAGCAUUCUGGUGAAAGGCAAGGAGCAGCUACAAAAUAAAUAUAAUAUAUUUUCCAAAAAGUUACAUGUUCUGGACCAGUACUGUCCCUCCAUUUGUAAAGAUGGUUCUAUCAAAAAAAGUACCAGGUCCUCUACAUCUGAAAACCUUGACUGUAACCUCUGUCCCCAUGGCUGGAAGAAUUUUAAUUCCAAGUGUUACUAUAUUUCUAAGCAUAGAUAUAACACAUGGACUCAGAGUAAAGAUUACUGUACAGCUCAUAGAGCUCAUCUUGUGAUUAUAGACGAUGAGGACGAAAAGAAUUUUAUCAACAAACAUGUAACCACAGAUUACUGGAUUGGACUGUACAGGGAAGCAAGGAUGAGUGCUUGGACCUGGGUGGAUAACACCCCUCUAGGUGAGAACAGAUUCUGGCAAAAAGGACAGCCAGGAAAUCUAUAUUAUUACUCUAAAGAAUGUGUCAUUUCUAAUGCAGCUGGAUGGAAAAAAGAGAGCUGUUACUCUGACAGUUUUUGGCCCAGGGCCUGUCAGGAGGAACCAUGUGGGCAUCCUAACUAG